GUAAGAGUGGAAUAUAAUAAAUAUUUGUGAUAAUAACAAAUUAAUACAGUUUUUUAUAAAAAUAAUAAAAUGUAUGAGUAUAUAAAUUGUUUUCAAUAUGACAUUUUGGUGUAAGGAUUCCACAGCAAAUCAAAUACAAUUGUGAUUAAUUUUCAAAUUUUUACUGAAAAAUUAUUUCAUUUAUGAUAAAUAUCAUUUGGUGAAGAAUGAAGGGAUAAUAAAGAUUAACGAUUUACUGUGCCCAACAUCAGAUGAAAACUAUUAACUUAUUUUAUAAUAUUUGCUGAUAAUUAUUUUUAAUUAAUACUCUGAAGAUAUGGCACGAGAGAAGCUUAAGAGGAAGACUUUGGCGCCCCUGACGAGGGAUUAUACUAUCCAUUUGCAUAAAAUGGUCCAUCGCGUAACUUUUAAGAGAAAAGCACCAACCGCCGUCAAGAAGAUAAAAGCCUUCGCAGCCAGAGCCAUGAAAACAAAGGACGUCCGUCUUGAUACUAGAUUGAACGAGUUUUUGUGGUCGAAUGGUAUUAAAAACCUGCCGAGAAGGGUCAGGGUUAGGGUCUCUAGGCGCCGUAACGACGACGAGGAUGCCAAGGAACCAAUGUACACUCUCGUUCAGCACAUUCCAGUCGAUGACUUCUCAGGUCUCCAAACUGAAGUUGUAGCCAACGAAUAA